GGGAAGAAUGUGGCUCCGCCUUCCUGCCAAUCUCUUGAUUAAAUAGGCACUUCCCUCCAGAAGGUUUCUGAAGUGCAGCACCUCCUACAGCUGCCACAAGCAGCUCUCUUCCCCCACCAUGAGAGCUGUCCCUCUGCACCUCGUCGGGACAGCAAGCCUCACCCUUGGCUUCUUGCUCCUGCUAUCUCUCCGCCUGGACCCAGGCCAAGCCAAGGAGUUGAAGUUUGUGACAUUGGUGUUCCGGCAUGGAGACCGAGGUCCCAUCGAGACCUUUCCUAAUGACCCCAUUAAGGAAUCCUCAUGGCCACAAGGAUUUGGCCAACUCACCAAGUGGGGCAUGGAACAGCACUACGAACUUGGAAGUUAUAUAAGGAGAAGAUAUGGGAGAUUCUUGAACAACUCCUAUAAACAUGACCAGGUUUAUAUCCGAAGCACAGAUGUUGACAGGACUCUGAUGAGCGCUAUGACAAACCUCGCAGCCCUGUUUCCCCCUGAGGGGAUCAGCAUCUGGAAUCCCAGACUGCUCUGGCAGCCCAUUCCAGUGCAUACCGUGUCUCUCUCUGAGGAUCGGUUGCUGUACCUGCCUUUCAGGGACUGUCCUCGCUUUCAAGAACUCAAGAGUGAGACUUUAAAAUCUGAGGAGUUCCUGAAGAGGCUUCAACCAUAUAAAAGCUUCAUAGACACCUUGCCAUCGCUGUCGGGAUUCAAGGACCAGGAUCUUUUUGAAAUCUGGAGUAGGCUUUACGACCCUUUAUAUUGCGAGAGUGUUCACAAUUUCACCUUGCCCACCUGGGCCACAGAGGACGCCAUGACUAAGUUGAAGGAGUUGUCAGAAUUGUCUCUGUUAUCUCUUUAUGGAAUUCACAAGCAGAAAGAGAAAUCUAGACUCCAGGGGGGUGUCCUGGUCAAUGAAAUCCUCAAGAACAUGAAACUUGCAACUCAGCCACAGAAGGCCAGGAAGCUGGUCAUGUAUUCUGCACACGACACUACUGUGAGUGGCCUGCAGAUGGCGCUAGACGUUUAUAAUGGACUCCUACCUCCCUACGCUUCCUGCCACAUAAUGGAAUUGUACCAGGAUAAUGGGGGCCACUUCGUGGAGAUGUACUACCGGAAUGAGACCCAGAACGAGCCCUACCCACUCACACUGCCGGGCUGCACCCACAGCUGCCCGCUGGAGAAGUUUGCAGAGCUACUGGACCCCGUGAUCCCCCAGGACUGGGCCACAGAGUGUAUGGGCACAAGCAACCACCAAGUGCUGAGGGUCAUCCUUGCCACUACGUUUUGCCUGGUAACCGGGAUCCUGGUGAUAUUGCUGCUUGUUCUCAUCCGCCACGGACCCUGCUGGCAGAGAGACGUGUAUCGGAACAUCUGAUCAGACAGCCGACUUCCGGUGAUGUGUCUCCGUGAAGCAGCACCGGCAGGAAGCUCUUCCGCCACGCGGGCUCUGUCCUGCCCAUGCCCUGCAUUUAGAACUUGUCUAGAGAUGGUGUGAGCUCACCGCCUCAGGGAGACUGCAGAGCUGGCACCUUAGUUCUGUCUCCUUGCCACACAGCUGUGGUGUGGGCUGCUCACAGGGUUAGGGUAGGUCUCUUUUGCAAGGGACGCCUCCGUCCUCUCACACGGAGGUCCUGAGAGAAAUAAGAAGCCAAAUUCUUUCCCACACACCUUGUGACUACGAAGAGAAAAGGGAGAGAAAGUGGGACCAAGAUGUAGAUUAGAACAUACGAAGUAACUCGGAAUAUUAGUGUAGAAGUGGAGGAUCCGCAGAAAAAUGACUUUAGUUAUUCAAUAUGCCUCUCUCCUCCUCCCUCUCU